AUGAAACGAGAUAUAGAUAUAAAAACGGAAAAUGUAAAAAAAAUGGGUAAACAAGUCAGCACCACAUUGAAAGGUCUAGAGAAACAGAUCAACCAAGAAGAAGAUGAGUCUUCCGGUGACAACGAACAAGUAAGUGCCGCGUUGCGGAUACGAAAAACCCAACACGCUACCACGAUACACAUGUUGGUCGAAGCUCUGGCCGAAUUCAACGCCGAGCAGAUCAUCUACAAAGAAAAAUGCGAGGAACGCAUGCAGAAAGUCGUGUCCAUAGCGAGAGCCGAAAUAUCCAACGAUCAGUUCGACGAGCUAGUCAGCCAGGGAAAUUAUUCGGCCGUGUUCAAUGGCAAUAUAAUUGCCGAAACACUGGAAGCCAGGAGCACGCUGCAAGAAGUCCAAGACAGGCACUUGGAACUGCUGAAACUAGAGAAGAGCAUCCAAGAGCUCCGAGACAUGUUUGUCGAGAUGGCCAUGCUGGUCGAAAAGCAAGGUGACAUAAUUAAUAGUAUAGAACAACACGUGUUAAGGGCCGGAGAAGCUGCAGAAAACGCCAAAGUAGAAACCAAAAAAGCGGUCAUCUACACUAGUAAAGCAAGAAUGAAAAAAAUUACCUUAAUGAUGAUUUGCGCCUGUGUGAUGUUAUGCGUGGUGGCGUGGUUGUACUCGAGUUUUUUCGGAAACGAUGAAACCACCGAAACCUGA